GGGCCACCCUAGGACUGGGGAAAGUUCCUGACGAGCCGACAGCCCUCUUGGAUUUGGACAGGCACCCGCGCUGGCUGAGGAAUUAGAUCUGUUUUGAACCCAGUGGAGCGCAUCGCGGGGGCUCGGAAGUCACCGUCUGCGGGCACCGGGGUGGCGCUGCUUGUGCGGAACGGAGAGUUUGCCAGCCCCAGCUCAAGUGGCCUUUCGUCUCUGCAACUGUUGUGUGUCUGGGGUGAGGGCUGCGAGUGUCGUGGCAAGUUGUGAAGAGAGACCUGGAGGGCCGGAGAGGGCUGCGCUCCCCUCGCACUCCCUUCUUCCUCUUCCCGGCUCCCGGGUGCGAAGUCCCAGAGAAAUUUACAAAGGCCUCUGCAUCCCGCCGAGUCAAGACCAGUCCUCAGCGUUCGGCCCCGUUGUCCCCAUUCCCAACGGGAGCCCCGGGGCACAGGGUGCCGGAGAAGUACUGGCGGGGAAGGGGAGGGAGGUCGCGGCAGCGGCAUGGCGAGGUUCCCGAGGGCCGACCUGGCUGCUGCAGGAGUUGUGUUACUUUGCCACUUUUUAAUGGACCGGUUUCAGUUCGCUGAAGGGAAGCCUGGAAACCAAGUCAAUGAUUGGCACUAUCAGGUUGCUCAGGCCUUCCCACAAACAGAAGAGGAGGUGGAGGUGGAGUCCCAUGCAUUCAGCCACCGGUGGAAAAGGCACUUGGAUUCUCUCAAGGCGGUAGACUCAAACCGAGCCAGCCUGGGCCAAGACUCCCCAGAGCCCAGAGGCUUCACGGACCUGCUCCUGGACGACGGGCAGGACAACACCACCCAGAUUGAGGAGGACACAGAUCAUAAUUACUAUAUAUCUCGGAUAUAUGGUCCAUCUGAUUCUGCCAGCCGGGAUUUGUGGGUGAACAUAGACCAAAUGGAAAAGGACAAAGUGAAGAUUCAUGGAAUACUGUCCAAUACUCAUCGACAAGCUGCAAGAGUGAAUCUGUCCUUCGAUUUUCCAUUUUAUGGCCAUUUCCUACGUGAAAUCACUGUGGCAACUGGGGGUUUCAUAUACACUGGAGAAGUUGUACAUCGAAUGCUAACAGCCACACAGUACAUAGCACCUUUAAUGGCAAAUUUUGAUCCCAGUGUAUCCAGAAAUUCAACGGUCAGAUAUUUUGAUAAUGGCACAGCGCUUGUUGUCCAGUGGGACCACGUACAUCUCCAGGAUAAUUACAACCUGGGAAGCUUCACAUUCCAAGCAACCCUCCUCAUGGAUGGACGCAUCAUCUUCGGAUAUAAGGAAAUUCCUGUCUUGGUCACACAGAUAAGUUCGACCAAUCACCCAGUGAAAGUGGGGCUGUCAGAUGCAUUUGUCGUUGUCCACAGGAUCCAGCAAAUUCCCAAUGUUCGAAGAAGAACAAUUUAUGAAUACCACCGAGUAGAACUACAAAUGUCAAAAAUCACCAAUAUUUCAGCUGUGGAGAUGACCCCAUUGCCUACGUGUCUCCAGUUUAAUGGUUGUGGCCCCUGCGUAUCCUCUCAGAUUGGCUUCAACUGCAGUUGGUGUAGUAAACUUCAAAGAUGUUCCAGUGGAUUUGAUCGCCAUCGGCAGGACUGGGUGGACAGCGGAUGCCCUGAAGAGUCAAAAGAGAAGCUCUGUGACACCACAGAGCCAGUGGAACGUUCUACUCAAACCACCGCCAUACGAGCUACAAGCACCCAAUUCAGGGUGCUGACGACCACCAGAAGAGCAGCGACACCCCGGCUGCCCACCAGCCUGCCCACCGAAGAUGAUACCAAGAUAGCUCUACAUCUAAAAGAUAAUGGAGCCUCUACAGAUGACAGUGCAGCCGAGAAGAAAGGGGGAACCCUUCAUGCCGGCCUCAUCGUUGGAAUUCUCAUCCUGGUCCUCAUUGUAGCCGCAGCCGUUCUUGUGACACUCUAUAUGUAUCACCAUCCGACGUCAGCAGCCAGCAUCUUCUUUAUUGAGAGACGCCCAAGCAGAUGGCCUGCGAUGAAGUUUCGAAGAGGUUCUGGCCAUCCUGCCUAUGCUGAAGUUGAACCAGUUGGAGAGAAAGAAGGUUUUAUUGUAUCAGAGCAGUGCUAAAAUUUCUAGGACAGAACAGCACCAGUGCUGGCUUACAGGUGUUAAGACUAAAAAUUUGCCUAUACCUUUAAGACACACACACACAGACACACACACAGAGACACACACACACACACACACACACACACACACACACACACACACACAGGAGCCCUAAGCUGCUGUAGUCAGAAGGAGAUGAGAUUUCUGGACAAGCCCAGCCCAGGAAGGGUAAAAAAAAAACACCCUGAAACUUAUAGAGGAUACCAAUUGCCACUGAACAUAGAACUCCCUAGUGGAAUGACCUCUAUAGUUUACUCAGCACAUCUCCUGUGGACUUAUCAGAAAUAUGACAAGAUUACAAUGCUGUUGGCUUAAGGUGCAGGGUUGCAAAGGGAUCAAGACAAAAAAUAAUAAAGCUUUAGUUCACGAGGGAUCUACACCUUGGUUCAAAUAUUCUUCUCUGAUAACUGUGUUCCACAGCCUGAACCCAUUCACUCAAAAGAGCAAUGAUGACUAUUUCAGUUUGCUGAGAAAAGGAGCUGAUGCAGGAGCAAAAACAAACACAAAAUAAGAGGUUUUUCUGUCUUCUCACCAGACAUGUGGCUAAAGGGUUUUGUUUUUCUGGUCUAGACCCACCUGUUCCAACAAGUUCAUCACUUUACAGGAUGAAUCUUUUACCUGUCCUGGAGGUUCCGACUCCGCCUCCCCCUUCCUUGUUCUGGUUGCCCACUCUAUGAGCAGUGACGGAAUCGCAGCCUUUAGCUAAGUGUGAGGAAGGAGGGAGAGGCAAAGGAGGCUUCUGGUUCCCCUGCCUCAGAGUUCAACAUCUGAUUUGUUUUAAGAAGUAUUGCCUCCACCGCCCACUGUGAAGUCCUAUGAAGCCACAGUUGCUCUUGGCUGAAGGAAACAAAAGGAAACAAUACUAAGAGUUCCUUAAUCGUUUUUGAAGCAAAAAUCUUAAGGGAUUCUAAACACAUGGGGUUUUUGUUUUCGCUUUUUACUUUUUGCCGUUUCAGUCCGAAAGGCCCAUUUCAUUGUCGAUUCCAAUCUAAGAAGCCAUUCAAGGCAGCACAUCCCUGGCGAUAAAAAGAAGGAAAGAACCCUGCUGAAUCAUACAGUAAUUUUCUUUAAAGCACAUAGUAGUUACAUAAAUAUAUAUAUAAAUAUAUUUUUGUUUAUAACUAACACAAGGCAGGCUCUUGUGACUCAGAGUGCAUUUUGUCAUCAAGACAAAACAAAUGCGAGAUGCAUUACUGCAUACUUCCAUAGAGUUGUAAAAUAAUCCUUAAUAUUAGAAUAUUUUUAUGUCACUUAGCGGAAGUGGUUCAAUUAGUUGCAGUGCCGACCAUUUUCCUGCCUAUUUGAUCUGCUCUCCCAUUCAUAUCAACCCCUUCCCUCCCUGGUGAAAUAAAGCAGAUGCAAAAAGCUCCUUAGAUGGAUCUGUCAUUUGCCCCAUAAUCACAGUCCAGAUUUUGAAACCUCCCCGUGAAUGAAGACAGGAAAGUCAUCCCUGGAGGAGGAAAGUGGUUAAUAUAUAUACUGAGCUCCUGAAGUUUAAAUUCAGGUACUGUGUGUACAAUUUCAUCAACAUCUCGACCCAUGAAACUUACGUCUUGUGCCAAGAAGCUACUGGUUUCUGUAGGUUACCGUGUCCAACAUUUGCAGAUUCAGGUAUCAAGAAGCAGAGAUGUCUCGUAAGCAGCACUUUACUACCAACUUAGCAUCUAUACACGUGUCUACAUCGAAUGACAUCAGUCCACUAACAGAGGAUCAUAUUUUAUCAUCACAAUUGUCUGAUGUAAACUCAUGCCAUUUUCCAUCAAGUAUAUUUUGCUUUACAUUUUUAAGUACCUGAUGAGGGUGAUAAUUUUUUCCUAACCUGCUUAGAUAAUAAUUGCAAAAAAAUUGACAAGCAAGGUGAUUGAAGGAUGUGAUGACAAUCUCUCUGCUAUAGCUACAUUCAGUUUAUAGGAAAUAACCCAACUUAUUUCUUGUGGAGUAGGUUUGGUCAGUUAGCAAUAACCAAAUGACUUGCCAAUGUAACUGGUGCAACGGGUACUCUACAAAGACAUAAGGAACACAUAGACGAUUCCUUCUAGGAUAAGAUGAUGCUUCUUUCACUGGCUUUUGUGUUAGGUGUGGCUUCCGAUAGGGCAUGAUUGACAGUUAUAUAAGUCAUGCAUAU